UCCAGCCCCCAACCCCCCUUCCUUCGUUCCCAAUUGCUCCCCCCUCCUUUCCACCUCCACGUCUCUGAUGCCUCUGCAAAAAGCAGAGUCAAGACGGCUCAGUUAGCAGCAUGUCUCGUCGAAAGCAAGCGAAACCCCAGCAUCUCAAAUCGGAUGAAGAGCUGCAAGCAGAGGUAGUUUCUGAGCACGCAGUCCCAGGAGAAGGAGCAGAUGACGGUGAUAGCGGGAACGAGAGCAGGAGCGGAAGCGAAGAAACCAACGUCUGUGAGAAAUGCUGUGCCGAGUUCUUCAAGUGGACGGACUUCCUGGAGCACAAGAAGAGCUGCACUAAAAACCCCCUGGUGCUGAUUGUCAACGAAGAUGAACCAGCUCCACCUCCCACUGAGGAAUUCCCCGAGCCCUCGCCCGCGAGCUCUCCCAGUGACCAGGCAGAGAGUGAAGCUGCUGAAGAAGGCGUCCAGGCAGAAAACAAUGACAGCUCUGAGGUAAAAAACACAGAAAAGGAAGAAGAGCCAAUGGAGGUAGAAACUUCUGCAGAGAAAAGUUUCCAGAAUCAAGGCACCUCAAAAACAGCUACUCCUCUACCUCAGAUCCCUGAACCAUCUUCCAUGACAAGCUAUAACAUGCCAAACACCAAUGUCACACUAGAGACUCUGCUGAGCACUAAAGUGGCAGUUGCGCAGUUCUCACAGAGCGCACGGGCCACUGCUUCUGCGAGCAUCAGCAGCGGGGUGACGGCUGUGGCCAUCCCCAUGAUUCUGGAGCAGCUCAUGGCCCUUCAGCAGCAGCAGAUUCACCAGCUCCAGCUGAUCGAACAGAUCCGCAGUCAGGUGGCGAUGAUGAAUCGCCAGCCCUUGCGACCAUCCCUCAACCAGAUCGUGGCUGCCCAGGGUGGUCCYGGGCAGGCUUCCAACCAGCUGCAAGGGUUUGCCACCAGUGCUGCCGUCCAGCUCACCGCAGUCAUUCCUUCUGCCAUCAUAGGGCAGGCCRCCAGUGGUCAGCCCACUGCCUUUGACGGCUCUCAGCACAUCCCAAGACCUACAUCUGGAACAAGUACACCCAAUAUAUCCAGCGGUGGCUCUUCUGCCCUGCGUGAAUCAGGUGUACCUUCCUCCUCGAACGCAAUUACGUCCAUAACUCCCAUUUCUGUGUCAAAUGCUCCUAACAGUGCUUCGCAGCCCCAGAACGCUUCGACUCCACCUUCAAUAGGACAUGGAAGCCUCACCUCAGUAUCCAGCCUGCCAAACCCACUUCUACCUCAGACUUCAUCUAAUAGCGUGAUCUUCCCCAAUCCGCUGGUCAGUAUCGCCGCAACAGCUAACGCACUCGAUCCUCUGUCCGCCCUUAUGAAGCACCGUAAAGGAAAGCCACCAAACGUGUCAGUGUUUGAACCCAAGUCGAGCUCCGAGGAUCCCUUUUUUAAACAUAAAUGCCGAUUUUGUGCCAAGGUCUUUGGAAGUGACAGUGCUUUACAAAUUCACCUCCGCUCACACACAGGCGAAAGACCUUUUAAGUGUAACAUAUGUGGAAACCGCUUUUCCACCAAGGGCAACCUGAAAGUUCAUUUUCAGAGGCAUAAAGAGAAAUACCCUCAUAUUCAGAUGAACCCUUAUCCUGUUCCAGAAUACCUCGAUAAUGUGCCCACCUGCUCUGGAAUCCCAUAUGGGAUGUCGCUGCCCCCUGAAAAGCCGGUCACAACGUGGUUAGACAGUAAACCUGUUUUACCAACUGUCCCAACUUCCAUCGGGCUCCAGCUGCCCCCCACUAUACCCAGUGUGAACAAUUAYGGAGAUUCUCCAAGUAUCACUCCUAUGAGCAGGUCACCCCAGAGGCCUUCUCCUGCCUCCAGUGAAUGCACUUCUCUAUCCCCGAGCCUCAACACUUCUGAGUCGGGCGUUCCAGCAUCUGCUGAAUCUCCACAGCCUGYUCAGAGCAGCUCAUCUCUGACAAAGGCAGAACCUGUCACUCUGCCUCCCACGAGCACACGGCUCGGGGACCUUUCUGCAGGUGGGCAAGUUUCUACAGCUUCCACAUCUUCAAUUCCUACUGUGGUUACAGAAAGCAGCGUUGCCACCAGCCUCCCAAACCCUGUGCUUCCAGCAGUGUCUGACCAGUUUAAGGCAAAGUUUCCAUUCGGUGGUCUGCUAGAUUCUAUGCAAACGUCAGAAACCUCAAAACUACAACAGCUAGUGGAGAACAUUGAUAAGAAGAUGACAGAUCCAAAUCAAUGCGUCAUUUGUCACCGUGUGCUUAGUUGUCAGAGUGCUCUCAAGAUGCAUUACAGAACACAUACAGGAGAAAGACCAUUUAAAUGCAAAAUUUGUGGACGUGCGUUUACUACRAAAGGCAAUCUAAAAACACAUUUUGGAGUUCAUCGAGCGAAGCCACCACUUAGAGUACAGCACUCGUGUCCCAUUUGUCAGAAGAAAUUUACCAACGCAGUUGUUCUUCAGCAGCACAUUCGUAUGCAUAUGGGUGGGCAAAUUCCAAACACGCCRCUGCCAGAGGGAUUCCAGGAUGCCAUGGACUCAGAGCUUUCCUACGAUGAGAAGAAUGUUGACACACUGAGCAACUUUGAUGAUGACAUUGAUGAAAAUUCUAUGGAAGAGGACCCGGAACUAAAGGACACAGCAAGUGACUCAUCCAAACCCCUUAUCUCUUACUCUGGGUCUUGUCCUUCUUCACCACCUUCUGUGAUCUCCAGUAUUGCUGCUUUGGAGAAUCAAAUGAAAAUGAUUGAUUCUGUCAUGAACUGUCAGCAGCUCACCAGUUUAAAAUCCAUAGAAAAUGGAUCAGGGGAAAGUGACCAUUUGAGCAAYGACUCCUCAUCAGCCGUUGGUGAUCUUGAAAGCCAGAGUGCAGGCAGCCCUGCAAUGUCAGAGUCUUCUUCCUCCAUGCAAGCUUUGUCUCCUGUGAAUAGUAAUAGUGAAAGUUUCAGAUCAAAAUCCCCCGGUCUCAGUAACCAGGAAGAGCCACAAGAGAUACAAUUAAAGACAGAAAAACCAGACAGUCCACCACCCACAACUGAAAAUGGAGGCGCAUUAGAUCUGACAUCCACCAACCCAGGAAGACCGGUCAUCAAAGAGGAGGCUCCUUUUAGUCUGCUGUUCCUGAACAGAGAACGUGGUAAGUUUAAAAGUACUGUUUGUAAUAUCUGUGGCAAGCCUUUUGCUUGUAAGAGUGCAUUGGAAAUUCACUACCGCAGCCAUACUAAAGAACGUCCAUUUGUUUGUACAAUCUGCAGUCGUGGGUGUUCCACUAUGGGUAAUUUAAAACAGCACUUACUGACGCACAAAUUAAAAGAGCUGCCUUCUCAGUUAUUUGAACCCAACUUUACUCUAGGUCCCAGCCAAAGUACUCCUAGCCUGGUCACCAGUACAGCACCUACCAUGAUCAAAAUGGAAGUGAAUGGUCACAGCAAGCCGAUCUCUUUGGGUGAGGUUCCCUCGCUUCCAGCUGGAAUCCAGGUUCCUGCUGCACCACAGACAGUGAUGAGUCCGGGGAUCACCCCUAUGCUGGCACCCCCCCCUCGCCGGACUCCCAAGCAGCACAACUGUCAGUCGUGCGGGAAGACCUUCUCCUCAGCAAGUGCUCUGCAGAUACACGAGCGCACCCAUACUGGUGAAAAACCGUUUGGUUGCACAAUCUGUGGUAGAGCUUUUACCACAAAGGGGAAUCUUAAGGUUCACAUGGGGACUCACAUGUGGAAUAACGCCCCUGCACGCCGUGGCCGACGUCUCUCCGUGGAAAACCCCAUGGCUUUGCUGGGUGGCGAUGCGCUCAAGUUCUCCGAGAUGUUCCAGAAGGAUUUGGCAGCUCGGGCCAUGAAUGUUGACCCCAAUUUUUGGAACCAAUAUGCUGCAGCUAUCACUAAUGGACUUGCUAUGAAGAACAAUGAGAUUUCUGUCAUACAGAAUGGAGGCAUUCCUCAGCUCCCAGUAAGUCUAGGCGGAGGCGCCAUCCCACCUCUAAGUAACCUUACCGGUGGCAUGGACAAAGCUCGCACGGGCAGCAGCCCUCCCAUUGUCAGUCUGGACAAAGCAAGUUCUGAAACGGGAGCCAGUCGUCCAUUCACCAGAUUUAUUGAGGAUAAUAAAGAGAUUGGCAUAAAUUAAAAGCAUUCAUUUCAAAUAACUGUUGGACCUCUACUUGACACAACACUUGUUCUGUUCCAUGUACAGCUUUUGAAGCUAAGCAUUAGUUUCCUGACCUAAAUGCAUAGGUUCCCUUUAAAGUUUUACCCAUAGCAGAAAUACAUAACUUUGUGGCUGCUGAAAAGUUGUCUUGCAAGAUCUGCAUGGUACUUCUUUCAACAGUGAGUUUGACUGUUACUGAGAACUUUUAAACCUUUUAAUUUAACAGAAAAACAAACAAACAAACCAGUCAUGGGAUAACUUCAUUAGAAACAAAAAGAGGCUAGUCUACAUUCACUUUGCUUCUUAUAAAACUUACUAUCACCUGAGAAAGGGGGGCUUCAUUACGGCAUUCUGUCACACUUAUUUGCUGGUUUUGUUCAAAUUAGUUAGCAACUUGGACUAUGUUUUUAGGAAUCUUAAUCUUAAAUAAGUGAUUUAGUACCCCAAUGCUGUGUAUUAUUACAGUAUCCUUGUCUGUAGUAUUUAUAAUGUUAAGAUUAUGCGGGUAACAGACAAUAUACUAGCCCCAAACUUAAAUGAAGCUUUUGUACUGCAAAAUUCAUCUGGCUAUGUGAUUUUUCUUUUUUCUKUUUCUUUUUUUCAAAGCAAGUUUCGUUUUACUAUGAACAAGUGGUUUCUUUCAAUGCAGGCAAAAUUGUGAAGUUUUGUUGGGAAAGAUGGCAUGCUUUUCAUGUGCAAGUACCUGUCAGUAACAAACCUUUUUUUUAUUUAAAUAUUUGUAGCUGCUAUGUGGACAGUUGUUCUAUUAAAUGAAAAAAAAUGUAGUGUGGAUUUUAGCUCAAUGAUUGGAAAACAAGUUACAGACAAACCUUAGCACCAUAAAUUAUUCACAACAUUAUAAACGGUUGUGAGUAAAUACUUCGUGUUAUCAAAGCUGUACAAUAAAAAGGUAAUGUUUGUAUAAUGUGGUUGCAAACUCUUAAUUUAUAUUAU